GAAUUACCUUGCUACCGGCUUCCGGGAAGAUUUUCCGUCCGUCCGGCUCUGCGGACUCAAGGAGAGAAGGAAAAACGGUUCCUCAGUGUAACCAGACCUGGGACCUUAAAAGAUUCUUAACUAUUUGUACACAGGUCCACAUCCGCCUCCCCAUGCAGAACUCCAUGAAAUGAAUAAAGCACCACAACCUAUAACGGGACUCCCCUCCGUCCCCCACCCGGCCCCCUCCCCUGGCCUGUCUCAGCCCUCAUUCCCCCCCGGGCAGCCCCCUUCUGUUGUGUUUGCAACCCCGCAGCCUCCACAAAUGAACCCAACACCACAGACCCGACAGUUUGCCCCAGGGCCCCGACCUUUGCACCAACAGGGAAGCUUCAGGUCGCUACAGCCCUACUACACCAACAGGGCCAGCUUGCCUCCUGGUAGUGGGCCGCGAGGUGUCCCUCCCAGCAAUGCCCCUCGACCCGUGACGCCCACCCAUGUGUACCAGCCAGGCCCUGGCUCGCAAAUGAUGAUGAUCCCUGGGCAACAGUUGCCCUUCCCCAGCUCGCCCCAGGGACCCGCCUACUUCAUACCGGGACAGUACCGGUCAGCUACCUACGUGGCCACACCCCAGCAAUACCCAGUCCCAGCAGGCACCCCAGGCUUUUACCCAGGCACCAGCCCAGCUGAAUAUGGUACUUAUGCAGGGGCCUACUACCCCGCCCAGCCUCAGUUCACCCCAUCGGUGCAGGCGGCACCGGUUAUUAUGAACCCUGCCCCUCAACAGCAGCAACCACCACCUCAGCCUCCGCAACACAUCCCCACCAAACGGGAACGCAAACCGAUAAGAAUAAGAGACCCUAACCAAGGAGGUCGAGACAUUACAGAGGAGAUUAUGUCAGGGGGCCGUAGUGGCUCUACCCCAACCCCACCACAGGCAGCCAUAUCUGGAUCAGAAAGCACAGCGGUGGCACAGGCUAACGGUGAGAGCGUCCCAGCUGACGAUACACCAGCACUGGUUAGACCAGAUGACAGUGGUAAACCUACGCCUCCUCCUCAGUCAAAGACACCUGACCUCUCUAAGGACUCUAUCCCCACAGAGGCUGCAUCCUCUAACACAAACACUAAGGCCCCUGCACCCCCUCUAAUAUCAGAAGCAGAGGACAUCCCUGUCAGCGCUAUAUCCACCGCUGCACCCAGUGCUCCUGUUGCGGAUGUGAUGGACACUCCACCACCUCCACGGGAGCCCACUCCAACACCUCAAUCAGCACCUGAAGUGCCAGCCUACCCAGCACCCCUUCCUGACCCUGUCCCUGUCCCUGGCUGUACUGCACAGGACAAAACAGAGGAGGAAGAGGUGGAGACCGAGGCAGCUGCCUCCUUGGACACACAUCUUAACCCUCUCUCCAACACCAACGGUGUUGCAAUGGCCGAGCCAGAACAGUCUCCUGUCUCCAGUGACCUGGAAGCUCCUCUGGAGUCUCCCAUUGCACAGCCCGAGGAGCUCCGUCUUCCGAAUGGCCUGCCACUGCCAGCCCCUCAAGACCCCGAGGCCCCUGCCAUCAGUGCAGCCGAGCGUGACGACAGCCCCAUCGCUGAGCCUGACAUCAGCCAACAUCCUGUCAUAGAGAUCACUACAGCCAUCAUUCAGGCAGCGCCUACACCUAUUGUCCAAGCCACACCGUCACCUGUUGACCAGCCUGCACCCACCUCUGCCCCUCUACCUGCCCCUGUACCUGCCCCUGAAACUGCCCCUGCACCUGCCUCUGUACCUGCCCCUGCACCCGCCUCUGUACCUGCCCCAGCACCCGCCUCUGUACUCGCCCCUAUAUCCAACCCUGUACCUGACCCUGUACCUGACCCUGUACCCGACCCUGUACCCGACCCUGUACCUGCACCUGUACCUGCACUUGCACCUGCUGUCCAGGAGAUUCCCGCUGAACCAGUCGCCCAGGCAGCACCUGCCCCCGCUGAGGUAGAAGACUCGCUUCCUCCCGUCGUCCUGGAUGUAAAGGACGAUUCCCCAGUGCCCCAGUCCACCGCCAAGGAAGAGAUGCCAUCUCCUGCAGAGGCAGUUGAUGACAGCACACCAGAAACAGUGGCCACUCCUCCCCCUCAAACUGCAGAGGAGAGGGAGGACACCCCUCCUCCCCAGACAGUCACCCCUGCCCUUGUAGAAACUACUAUGCAAGCUGCUGUGUCUGUGCCCAAAAAAAAGAGGAAGAUGAAGGAUUUGAACAAAAAAGAGGCAGUGGGAGACUUGCUUGAUGCCUUUAAAGAGGAGCAGGUCGUGACCCCACCAGAGCCCGAGCCCGUCCCCGCACCAGAGCCUCAGCCCCCUGCUGCUGCCCCUCCUGCCCCAGAGGAGGCGGACCUGACCUGGGAGGACAAAGAGGACAAGGAGGACAAGCUGGACAAGCUGGAUGCUGAGAACAUUCAGCCAGACGAUCCAAACUCUACUGACAAGAAGUACCAGUACAAAGAGGAACAAUGGAUGCCAAUUAACCCUGAAGAGAAGAAGAAAUAUGACAGGGGGUUCCUUCUGGGCUUCCAGUUCAGCUCAGCCAGCAUGAACAAGCCGGAGGGUCUCCCAGCCAUCAGUGACGUCGUCCUAGACAAGGCAAAUAAGGCCCCUCUGCGUCAACUUGACCCCAGCCGUCUGCCAGGAAUGAACUGUGGUCCUGACUUUACACCCUCCUUCGCCAAUCUUGGCAAACCUGGCAUGGGAGGAGGAAGCAGCAGAGGACCACCUCCAGGUAUGGGAAUGGGAGUUGGUGGUCCACGCCGCUCUCAACAAAUGCAGAGGAAAGAGCCGAGGAAGAUCAUCACCAGCAUGUCGCUGCAUGACGACGUGCAGCUGAACAAGGCAGAGAAGGCCUGGAAACCCUCAGGGAAGAAAGCUGUUCGCAGUCGCGAAGUAGAAGAGCCAGAGGAGAGCGACUCAGAGCAGAGCAAGACCAAGGAGCUGUUCAAACGGGUUCGCAGCAUCCUCAACAAACUGACCCCUCAAAAGUUUCAACAACUAAUGAAACAGGUGACUGAUCUGACCAUUGACACAGAGGAGCGGUUAAAAGGAGUCAUUGAUCUCACUUUCGAAAAGGCCAUCUCCGAGCCAGACUUUUCGGUGGCCUAUGCCAACAUGUGCCGCUGCCUUAUGGGGCUCAAAGUCCAAACCCCAGAUAAGCCGGGAAUGAAUUUCCGCAAGCUGCUGCUAAAUCGAUGCCAAAAGGAGUUUGAAAAGGACAAAGAUGACGAUGAAAUCUUUGAGAAGAAACAGAAGGAGCUGGAGGCUGCUUCAGGGGGGGAGGAGAAGCAGCGGCUCGUCGAGGAGCUACAAGAGGCUAAAAACCAGGCCAGGAGGCGCUCUAUGGGUAACAUCAAGUUCAUUGGUGAGCUGUUCAAGCUUAAAAUGCUCACUGAGGUCAUCAUGCACGACUGCAUCGUAAAGCUGCUCAAAAACCACGACGAGGAAUCCCUGGAGUGCCUGUGUAGACUGUUGUCCACCAUUGGCAAGGACCUAGACUUCGAGAAGGCCAAGCCUCGUAUGGUCCAGUAUUUCAAUCAGAUGGAGAAAAUAAUAAAGGAGAGGAAGACCUCCUCUAGGAUCCGCUUCAUGUUGCAGGAUGUGCUGGACCUUCGACGGAACAAUUGGGUUCCCCGGCGAGGCGACCAGGGCCCCAAGACAAUUGACCAGAUCCACAAAGAGGCUGAACUGGAGGAGCAUAGGGAGCAGAUGAAGGUGCAGCAAGCUCUCAUCUCCAAGAAGGAGUUUGGUGGUGGUGGUGGCGGUCAAGGAGGCAGGAUGGGCGGAGGAGGCUCCGGAGGACGUGGUGGGUCUCACACCCAAGGCCGCGGCGCUCCUCCCCAGGACGAAGGCUGGAACACUGUGCCCAUCUCCAAGAACCGACCCAUUGACACCUCGCGCCUUAGCAAAAUCACAAAGACUCCUGUUCUUGACUUCAACAAUCAGUUGCUUGCCCCAGGAGGUAAAGGCACAUGGGGGAGCUGGGGUAAAGGCAGCAGCGGUGGCUCCACUGCCAAACCUGCAGAAUCUGGCCCAGAGUCAGGUAAUCGUCCAGCCACCAGCACUGUGAACAGGUUCUCAGCCCUGCAGCAGUCGCUGUCCUCCUCUGGCUCUUCACUGGACUCAGACAGACGAGUUCCUCAGAGAAACAGCUCGAGUAGAGACCGUGGUGAUCGCUUUGACCGCCAGGAUCGCGGCGGCGACCGCUUUGACCGGCGAGACGACAGACGUGACGACCGACGGGAUGACCGUGAUCGCAACCGGCUACAGGUCACCAAACGCAGCUUUAGUCGGGAGAAUGAGGAGCGGAGCCGCGAGAGAGAACAGCGCGGGUUGGCCGAUCCUGUCCGCAGAGUAGCGAGUAUGACAGAUGACAGAGACCGAGGCAGCAGAGAGAGAGCCAGGAGCAAAGAGAAUGUGAAGAGGGAGGCAGCCGCCACCCCUCCCCCUCCUCGUCCCCAGACCCCCACCAAGCCUGCCUUGACUGAGGAAGAGCUGGAAAAGAAGUCCACAGCCAUCAUCGAGGAGUACCUGCACAUCAACGACAUGAAGGAGGCACUGCAGUGCGUGCGGGAGAUGAACAGUAAUCAGCUGCUGUUUGUGUUUGUGCGAAACGGGCUGGAGUCGACGCUGGAGCGCAGCACCAUCGCAAGGGAGCGCAUGGGCCUGCUGCUGCACCAGCUUAUGAAGACCGGCAUCCUCUCAACACAAAACUACUAUAAAGGGCUUCAGGAAAUCCUGGAGGUGGCUGAGGACAUGGCAAUAGACAUCCCCCACAUCUGGCUGUACCUGGCAGAGCUGCUCACUCCCAUGCUCCUUGAAGGUGGGAUCCCAAUGGGAGUGCUUUUCAGGGAGAUUUCAAAGCCCUUGAUCCCUCUUGGAAAAGCUGGAGUCCUGCUGGUCCAGAUCCUCACUUUACUCUGCAGUGGAAUGAGCCAUAAAAAGGCCGGAACAAUGUGGAGCGAGGCAGGCCUCCGCUGGAAAGACUUCCUGCCUGAGGAUGUAGACGUCAACAAGUUUGUGACAGACGAGAAUGUGGAGUUCACGCUGGGUGACGAGUCAGAGGAAGGCAAAAAGUUGGAGCUGAGCUCUGAAGAGCUGAGCAAACAGCUGGACAGACUGUUCAAGGACAAGGCCGACGACCAGAGGAUCUUUGACUGGACUGAGGCCAACCUAGACGAGCAGCAGACCUCCUCCAACAUGUUCGUCAGAGCUCUGAUGACCUGCGUCUGCCAGUCAGCAGUCGUCUGUGAAAACCCCUACAAGGUGGACAGUGAGCAGAUCAAACAGAGAGCCAAACUGCUGCAGAAAUACCUGACAGACGAGCAGAAGGAGCUGCAGGCUCUCUACGCCCUGCAGGCCCUCAUGGUAGAGAUGGAGCAACCUGCCAAUCUGCUGCGGAUGUUCUUUGACACACUUUACGACGAGGAUGUAAUCAAAGAGGAGGCCUUCUACAAGUGGGAGUCAAGCAAAGACCCCGCCGAGCAGCAGGGCAAAGGCGUGGCCCUCAAGUCCGUCACUGCCUUCUUCACUUGGCUCCGCGAGGCCGAGGACGAGUCCGACAACAGUUAGGCCCCCCCGGCCGCUGGAAGAGCCGCUGGGAGAGGAUCCUUGAAGAGAGUGAAUGUUCUGUGGGGGAUUCAGAAGAAUCUGAAUCAGCAAAAUCCUUCUGCAUAAACAGAAAAAAAGCCAGAAAAAAAAUCUUCACCUGGGAGAGAUUGUAUUAUGGAUCGAACGUUCGAUCAUCUUAUUUUUUUCGUUAAUAUUUUUUUGUUUUGGGUUUUUUUUUUUUUUUUUGCGCUACAGAAUGUCUUUUUUUUUUUUUUUUUUAAAUAAACGCGAACACAGGAUUUAUUAGCGAGAGUAGAAAUAAGAGAGUGAGAGAGAAUGCUGAGAAGUGACACGCUGUGAGAGAUGAGGCUGUUUUUUCAGUAUUUUUUUUUUGAGGUUAGUCUGUUUUCAAAUGGCUUCUCACCACGGCGACACUAUUCAAGACACUUUGCUUUAUGACAGAUAUAAAGAAAAAAAACUUUAAGAGGCUGUUCACAUCUAUAUUUUUGAUGACUUCAUUCUUUAUCAUGGAGACAUGACUCAGCGACUUUGUCAUGUCACGUGUUUGAUGUUUGAUCUACAUGAUGCAUUUAUGUAGACGGUUAGUUUAUUGUGUCCAGUGUUGGACGAUUGGAGUGAGUGUUUUUUAAGAAAAUACAAAACUACAAAGAGAAGAGGCGAGGACUGUCUGAUGGACACGUCAGACCGGAGCGGUUGUGGACUGUACGGACUUCAGACUUUAAUGAGGGUGGUGUCACUGAGGAGAGGGCCAAUGACCAUUGACCAUUAUGCUGCUGGGGGGCGGUGAUGCUUCCCUGAUGCUCCUCAACCCCACCCCAAAGACCCCUACGGACCCUCCCCUCCGUGUGUCUGUUUUACUUGUUUCCUGCGCUUCAAAGAAACAAACUGUGGACUGAGAAGAGGAAGGCGAGGGCUCACGGCUGCACCCUCCGACAAAGCCUGUUGAUGGAUUUUAAAAAGAUGAAAUAUCUCUAUUAAAACUUGAAAAAAAAAUACACAGACAAAAAAAAAAUCCACUUUAAUGAAAAAAGGACUUUUAAGAAGAGUAGAGUUAAACAGUACGGAUCCUUACGAAGGCCUUUUCUGCUUCCAAGAGUGAAAAAUGCAUUUCAGAGUUCUGUAAAUAUGACAGAUUGGUUUUUUUUUUGUUGUUGUUGGUUUUGUUUAGUUUUUUUUUUUUUU